AUGAACAUAAUCUUGCUGUCGUGCUUUCUGGCGGUGGGUGCCGCACAGCGCUUAACGGACUCCAGCGAUGGCAGCGCUGCGCAGUCGCGCAGCACAGGCGGCUACGGCCUUCUGAGACCCGGGUACCCGAAUUACUCGGGCUACGGCGGAUAUCCGGGUGGAUACGAGAAUUUCGGCGGGGGAUACGGCGGCGGCUACGGAGGGGGGUACAGCCCGGGAUUCGGCGGCGCCGGCACCGGUUACCCGGGGUCGGGAUACCCGGGCAACUAUCCAGGAGGUUACGGCGGCUAUCCAAGCUACGCCGGCGGCGCGUCCGGAGGAAACCGUCCCAACUACAGACCCAGCUACGACAGUAGACCCGGUUACGACGGCAGGCCCGGGUACAACUAUCCGGGAGCCGGAUAUCCAGGCUACAGGCCCGGUUACAGCCAGUACAGGCCCGGCUACGACAGGCCCUACCAGGGUUACAGCGGCUACUUUAGCGGCCUACGUGACGGAUAUGACAACAUCGGCCUUACGGCGAGGAAAGUGGCUGAAGUGCAGAAGUCCGACGCA